AUGGAGGGCGGCAUGGACGCGAGCUUGGACUUCCUGGAGCUGGAGGCCCAUCUGGUGUUCGAUCUCGGCGACUGCUGCAGCUCGUACCUGCCGGCCGAGGACUCGCUCUCCGGCCUCGACUCCUCCUGCUACAACGACCCCACCAGCUCGCCGGACGGGGCGUCGACCAGGGCGAGCAAGAACAUCGUCGAGGAGAGGGACCGGCGCAGGCGGCUCAACGAGAAGCUCUACGCCAUCCGCGGCGUCGUCCCAAACAUCACCAAGAUGGACAAGGCGUCCAUCAUCCAGGACGCCGUCGCAUACAUCGAGGAGCUGCAGGAGCAGGAGCGCCGGAUCCUCGCCGAGGUGUCCGACCUCGAGGCCGGUGGCUGCACCGCCGUGGUGGUCAAGUCGGAGGCCUCCACCGGGAGCGAGGGGGUGGAGGACGCCGGCGUUGGCUUCUCGACGCGGAAGAAGAUGAGGAGGACUGCUUCCUCCUCCUCCAUCAACGACACCGUCACUUCCCCUGCCACGCAUCCGAUCCUCCUUGAGCUGGAGGUGAGGCCUAUAGCGGAGAAGCUGGCGGUGGUGAGCAUGAGGCACGACAAUGCGCAGAACAUCAUGGCGAAGAUGUACAAGGCACUCGAUUCACUCUGUCUCAAGGUCAUCACCUCAAGUGUGACCGUCGUGGACGGCCGCACAGUCCACACCAUGUUCAUCGAGACGGAAGAAAUGGAUAGUGUUGAGACGAUCAAGGAGAUGGUACAGGCUGCACUCAGCCAUCUCGAUUUCUCGAUGUGA